UUAGGGUUGUGUCACCGUCACAACACGCGUCAGUGACAGCUCGCGCUUCAUUUGGGUUGAUCGUGACGGUCGGAGGCCAAGGUCCUGUUUGAACGCGCACCAGCGUCACCGCACCGUAUCCAAGUAACAAUAAUCACCGAAUAACAAUCCCUACCAUGAGCUCAAGUGGAGAAGAUGCUCUCUCAUAUUUUUCGGCACUGGACGAGUUAAUACAGCUGAUAUAUCAAGGGGCACAGAAGUUUGUAUUUCUUUCCUCGGUCGACGACAUUAGUUGGAACGUGUAUCUCGGUUUGACGGGACCAGAAGGUCGGUGGUGGCGCGGACGAUGGACGGAGAAAGAUGUCCAAAAUUUCGUGGGUGGGAAGACUUCGUCUAUCCUACUUGAGGCCUUCGCAGAUAGGCUCGUACAAACCAUUGUUCAAGGGGAACUGUUUGUAGGAAACUGGAGCCCCGAGAAGGGUGCCAAAAUUAAUCUGACUUUGGGUCCUGGUGCAAAGACGCCUAUUCAAGUGCCUCUGACAGAGCUUUCAGCACAAGAGGCUGCUUCAUAUGCCGCCAAAGUGUUUGCUGAGAUCGCCCUCCAAGCACAGUCAAGGAAGUGUCGGCUGAACCCAUCAGAUGACAUCCCUUCGACGUCGACUGCCAACCUACGACUAAGCCCUCCAGCAACUUCGCAUAAACGACAAGCAGAACCCGAGUCUCCUCCUAAAGUGACUAAACGCAAAGCACUUGAAAGGGAGCCCACUGUCGCAGAAAUCAAAGCGAACGAAAAGAUCAAGGAAUUGGAGGCCCAACUUGCCUCGGAAAAGAAGAAAUCGACGACCACUUUAGCCUCAAAUUCAACAACGGGUCUUGCAUCACAAGCGAAGAAAUUACCAUCUGCUAGACCGCUCAAAGGUGCUUCACUGGCAAAUCCCAAUCAAGCGGCUCGUAAAUAUCAGGAACUUGAGUUUGAAAGCGACGAGGACUAGUUGUCUCCAAUGUUCGUUUGUGUAACUUGACUAUCGAUGCUAAGUUACCUCUAUGUUCUCGCAUGUACCUACACGGACGGAACUAUCUACAAUGCUGUUACAAUAUUUACAAAUAAAUGAAAAAGCAAUUACUCCAGUGGUUGACUAUACAAAGCAUCACUGGCAGCCCAACAAUAAUGUCCACAACCAGCAGCACAAGGAUGACCCAAAACAGCCAUCGAGCCUCUGACACCUCCACCAACCCCAGCAGGUCCUCCACCAUCACUGUUACCGUCCUUCACAAUGGCGC